AUGGUGAUCCAAUUGAAAAUCUCGAACGCGUCAUCAUCAACAAAAAAAGGAAGGAUUCCUAAAGCAACAACAAAUGCCGCCGUCGGCGAUACAAACGACGAAAACUCUGUUUCGUCUUCAUCUUCUUCAUCGUCGUCGUCAUCAUCAAAAUCAUCAAAAUCAGGAAAGAAAGCGAAUCAUUCAGACGAUAUUGUGUAUAGUAGUGGUAGUAAUAAUAACAACAACGACCCGGUGAGCAUCUAUAACGAAGAGAUGAAGGACGUGGAAAAGUUGUCCUUGGAAGAGCUCUCUCGAAACUUUGUCGAGGUGGAAUACACAGGACCCAAGGCAUCCACAUCUUCGCCGUCCUCGAAAGGAAAGAUGAACACGGUGUUCAGAAACGUGUUAUCCUCUAUUUUUUCCCCGCAAUGGAUUGCGCUCGCGCUGACUUACGUCGUUUUGAAACGUUUUCGAGACGAGAGAGACGUAAAGUUGGUGAAGGAAAUGCUCUCGAUGGAGGAGAAAGAUUUGAACGAACUUCCGGUGAACGAGAGACGCGUGGAAAUAGAACGAGCGCGUUUGAAAUGGAGGCUGAAACAGUUGCGCAAAGACAGAACAAAGGUGAAAAACUUUAAAAAAGUGGAAAUUAUGAUUACGGAAAGACUGAAAAUGCUGACUCGAAUGAAGAUGAAACAGGCCGAGGCGGAAGUAAAACGCGCGGAAUGGCUCGAACGAGUCGGCGACGCCCAGGGCGCGGAAAGUGCCAUCAAAGAAGCCGAGCGGAUAGUCGAUUUGAAAACAGGAACGAUAGAUAUCGCUGGUAAGAAGAUGAAAACUCCGCACCCGGGCGCGAAUUUGAAAUGGAUGAAACCGGAAGAUUACGUCGAACAAUUGCAAAAAUCUUUUCUGGCUAAAACGGAAGAAGAUAAAGCAGACGAUGCAAGCGGAAAAGAUGAUGUCAUCAUUCCCACGCUGCUACCCGAGAUUGACGAAAGAAAUGGAAAAGGAUAUGACGGAUCUGGUCGAGACGGGAAAACUGUUUUUAGCAACAUUACCGAUAGCAUCGAUAGCGCCGCGGUGGAUAAUAUUAGCGAAGAAGAGAUUAAAAAAGUUGAAGCGAAGGUUAAAGAGUUUUCUUCGUCUGCGAGUAGCGCUGCGAGCAAAAAUAGCGAAGAAGAACAAAUGCCUGCAGAUUUAGAGGAAGCACUUAAGAAUAUGGAUAGAGAUUUCAUGACGAUGAAAUACACCGAAGACGAGCUUUUUGAAAAGUACGAAGCCGUGCUGGAUAAGUACGGCUUGAAUGUGCCAAAAAACGAAACCGGCGCUUCCGAGGAAGAUUUCUACAAGCAGAUGGAUUUCGGCGAGGAAAGCAAAGACGAAAGUAAUCUUCACCCGCAACUCCGCGAUCCAUACUAUUACAAAUCGUUACGAGCUGUCCACGCUAUUUUCGUCAACAGACCAAACCAAGAAUACGAGGAGUUUCUGUGCAUGCAAAUGGUUCCGGGAGAAAUACCGGAAAAGGAGAGACCGAAAGAUACGUUUCACGUGGUUGCUUUUGAGUCCAUAGAAGACGCCGAACGGUUUUGCCACUUGACGCGUUCGCAGCGAGAAGCGAAUGAAGAUCCCGUAUAUACGACUCGACCGUUUUCGGUGAACGGUUUAGAAGACGAAGCGGGAAAAAUUAACCGUGGCGUAACCGUCGUCGGUGCGAGUCGAGUGGAUUUGAAACCCGGGCGUUCGGCUACUUUAAUUUUGAACGAAAUCAUGAGCAUAGGAAACGAGGUGUACUUUUGGGAAUUCGCAAAACAGUGCAAGCGCACGUUCGACGAGAAGGAGGAGCAAAUGAAGAAACCGGCGCCACCAACCAUCGACGGAGCGUUUUGA